UAUAAGCAGGUUGUCUGUGUAAGGACUUCAAUCAGACAAUCACCUCAUUCACAUUCAUUCAGCUUUCUGGUCACAACUUGUCAAGUCAAGUUAUAGUCAACGUUCGCUCAUAAUACUCAGUGAGAUCUAUGAACAUAGCCUGCAUCAGAAGAGCCAUGGGAUUUGAGUUUAUCUGGGAUUGGCAGUUCUUUCAACAAGGGCUGGCUUUGCUCCUUCUAGACUUGGGUGAUAACUCACAGUCUCUGGAACAGUCCUGUUUGAAUUUUCUUGGUGACAAUGCAAGCCAGUACCAACCAAGUGCAUUUGAGAGAUUGCUACCCAAACACUUUGUGAGCAAAAUUGAUGUUGCCUAUCUCAGGCAAAGGAAAGUGGGUGCAUGGGCAGGUGAUCGUCUCAUUGUUACUGGAGACUAUUCUGACUACAGUCCCUUUCCACCUCAUGGAGAAUGGAAAUCAGGAUGUCUGUAUCAUUUAGCUGAAAGCUUUGAGGAGACUGACUUUUCAAAAAUACGAGAUACCCUUAACGACAGUGAGUGCAUGGCUACCAUUGAGAAAAAAGUGAAGGAACUAUGUCAGGACAAAGCCAUGAAAGUCGUCAAUCUUGACAAGAAAGAGUACCUUGACCCAGGGGCAUAUCCUGCUAAAGAAGCAACAACGUGGGACAUAAUAGCAAAUGAUAAAUUCAACGGUGUCAUGGAUGGGCUGUUCAUUAAGAUGACUCACUCUACCAGAGGUGGUUGUGAGGCUUUUUAUCCUUCUAUUUCUUUAAAAGGAGAAUGGGCUGGUGAUAGGAUUGUAAUAUGUACUUUGGAUGGCCUUGAAAACUACAGAGAUACAAGCAAUCCUGAUGAUGUAAUGCAGGCACUUCAAUGAAUUUUUGUUAACAUAGAUUACUUUUGAAAAUUAUUAAUCUUUGCUUUGAACUGUUGUGUUUGUAUAAUUGUAUUUAAUCAAGUAAAAUAUAAAUUGAACUGUUA